AAAAUGCAUAUUUGCGACAAAUUUCUCUUCAUGAGAUUCCGGAUGUUUCAUGUUUUGACGUUUAAGUGUUCGUUAACUGAGAAUCACUCCAGUUAGCGAACCUCCAGUUAAAAAGCACUCCAGUUAAAACACAUCCAGUUAGCGGUCACCUACUGUACUUCAACUACUUCUACCAACCGCAGCACCAGCUACUGUGGUGUUCCAUCAGCAAGGUUGCCUCCAGCAGCUGGAUGUAUCAGUUCAACCGGUGGGCGGGCGUGCCGCGCGAAAAGAUCGACAGCGUGGCCCACGACAUGAAGGGGCUGACGCGCAUGUACUAUCCCGUCCCGACACGUGCCGACGUGGAGCGGAUGAAGCAGAACGUGGAACCACCGGUGGUGACGCGGUUUCUGCUCGUGCGUGAUCCGUUCGAUCGGUUCGUGAGCGCGUACGAAGAUCUGAUCGUUCGACCGCAGAGCGAUAACUAUCGCAACCUGCGGCGGUUCAUCUUUCGGGAAGUUUAUGGGGCGGAUACUCCCCCAGGCAGUAACAACGAGAAGAAUGGCACCUCCGGUGACGACUGCCCCGUGCCGAGCUUUAGCGACUUCACCGAGUUCGUACUGCGGCGCCCGAACGUGCUGGAUCCACACUGGAACACUUACUACAAUCUGUGCGAUCCCUGCUUUCUCGAGCCGACCGUCAUCGUCAAGCUGGAAACGUACGAUCGGGACGUAGCGCACAUUCUCCGGCUGGCGAACGUGUCGAGCGACGCGGAUAAUUAUGAUAAUGCUGCCGGCCAGUUCGAGGGAUACCGGCUGAAUGUUAAUCAUCAUCGAGGCAGCCCCGGUGGCAACGGUCGGGCACAACGGAACUCCACCACCACGGUGGAUCGACUGGCGGAACUGACGGAGGCCCAGUUCGAGCGGCUGUACCGGCGGUACGAGCUAGAUUUUCGAUUGUUUCAGUACGACGCCAGUCAUUACUUUGCACUGUACAGGACUGAUUAAGAAGAGGCAGCAUUAACGUCAGUCAGAAACUGUGAUGUUUUUAUGUGUGUGGUUAGCUUAUCUGGUAGCUUUAUCUUAUUAGACUUUUCUGUGGAAUAAAUUAAACUGUGGACAAAAAAGCGUCCCCCGGUCA